AUGGAGGAGGAGGAAGCGGCGGCGUACUAUCAGGACCUCGUGCGCCGCGGGUCCAACGCGGCGCGAUUCAAGCAAGGCCUCGGGUUCGGCUCCAGCUCCGCCGCUGACGCCAGCGGCGACGGCGGCGCGGUUUGGACCAAAGGCGGUGCGGGGUUGACGUUCGUGGCCGCAUCUGGCUGCGCCGCGUCGUUCGAGCGGGAAAAUCUGGAACCGCCGACCCAGAAGUCACCGGGAGGCGGCGCGGCGCCAAUCGCGGAUACAUCAUUCGCGGAGUCGUUCGAGCGGAAGCUACAGGCGGGUCUGGCGGACGCGCGCGUGGCGAGCGUGCGCGAUAAGCUGCGGAGGGGCGGAAGCGAUGGGGGAAACGCGGGCAGGCGGGCGGAUAGGGAAGGAGAUGGGGGGAGGAUCGCGGAGCGGAAGGACGUGGAGAGGCGGAAGGAGCGAAGCAGGAGUAGGGAGAGG